AUGAGGCCCAUCGUCGCCGCCACAGCUUCUCUCUCCAGAGCCGUCUCCUUCGAGAGACAACGGCUGGCAGGCUCUCUCCUACAAGCACCUUUCCGCUUCUCCAGAAAAUCAGCUGCUGGCUCAUCAAUAUUAACAUCACCUGCUCGAAGCUUCUCAUUAACCAGCGCUCGCCUCUCGGAAGAGAGACAAUGGUCCACCCCAUUGGCCAAGCAGCUCUAUGAAGCUAUAUCUACCACCGGCUCAGUUCCCCUGGCCAGCUACAUGCGCAUGUGCCUGACUGGCGACCUGGGAGGCUACUACACCGGAGCAGUUGGCCAGGACCGUGACCAAUUCGGUGCCAAGGGAGAUUUCGUUACCUCUCCUGAGAUCUCCCAGAUCUUUGGAGAACUUCUCGGAAUCUGGUUCAUCGCCGAAUGGAUCAGCCAGGGCCGACCCAGCAAGGGCGUCCAGCUCAUCGAGGUUGGACCCGGCCGAGGCACUCUCAUGGACGACAUGCUUCGUACUAUCCAGCGCUUCCCAGCCAUGGCUAACAGCAUCGAGAGCGUCUUCAUGGUAGAAGCCAGCCGCGAGCUUCGCGAGACACAAAAGAAGCGCCUCUGCGGCCCUGACGCACCCUUUACCGAGUCCAACGUGGGCUGUCACAGCCCCAGCAAGUAUGGUGCAACUCCAAUCGUCUGGACUGAGACGAUCAAAUCCAUUCCCAUAGAGUCAGACAAGACCCCUUUCAUUGUAGCCCAUGAAUUCUUCGAUGCUCUACCCAUUCACACUUUCCAGUCAGCCCCAGCCCCUGCUCCAGCAGCUUCCAAGGCUACUCCAUCGACAUCGCCCUCACCAUCACCACCAUCAUCAUCGCCCUCUUCUCAGCCAGACACAACCGCAUCAACAUUAACACCAACCAUGGAAUGGCGCGAAAUGAUGGUAUCCAUCACCCCUCCCACCUCAUCCUCCACCACCAUGUCCGAACCCCCUCCCGAGUUCCAGCUCGUCCUCUCCUCCUCCACCACCCGCCACUCCCGCCACCUCCCCGAAUCCUCCCCCCGCUACCGCAAACUCAAGCAGACCCCCGGCGCCGUCAUCGAAAUCUGCCCCGACGCCUCCCUCUACGCCGCCGACUUCGCCGCCCGCAUCGGCGGCUCCCCAAAACACCCGAAACCAACCCCCAGCGGCGCCGCCCUCGUCCUCGACUACGGCACCGCCGACACCGUCCCCGUCAACUCCCUCCGCGGCAUUCGCCAGCACCGCCUCGUCAGCCCCUUUGCCGCCCCGGGUCUCGUCGACCUCAGCGCCGACGUCGACUUUCAUGCCAUUGCCGAGGCUGCCACCAUUGCCAGCGAUGGAAUCGAGGUCCACGGACCAAUCUCCCAGGCGGACUUCCUCGAGCUGAUGGGCAUUCGUGAACGCGCAGAAGCUCUUAGCAAAGUACCCGGCAUCACCCCGUCUGCUGCCAGUGACAUUGAGAAGGCGUGGAAGAGAUUGGUUGAUCGAGGGCCUAACGGCAUGGGUAAGGUGUACAAGGCGCUGGCUAUCUUGCCCGAGAAUGAUGGUCGUCGUCGACCCGUUGGCUUUGGAGGUGAUGUAACAGGAGCUUGA